CAGCAGAGGUCCUCCGUCUGUUUGUGUCCACCGUCACAGCUGCCUGCAGCAGAGAGAAAUAAAGAGCUGCCGUCUGGAGACAACAUCCACCAGCUGAGAGUUCCACAGAAAACUUCAGCACAACAAAAUGGGGCAGCUGAUGAGUAAAGAGGAGCAGUUGAAGGAAUUUGUGAAGCGCUUUAAACAGUGUCCAGAUGUGAAGGUGAAUCGAUCCAUCGUGAUGUUCUGCAGCACCUCUUCUUCAGAAACCCUCCAACAGCACCUCAACAACAGGACACAGAAGGAAUACCCCAUCGCAGAUUGGAUGAAGCAGCUCGCAGAGAAGCUCGCCAAUCUGUGUUCGAAGCCUGAACUGGCGGGCCUCGGAGCGCUGGCCAUCGCCAUCUUCAUCGACGUCAUUUCAGCCACUUCCUCUUCUGAGGCCACGAUGGAAGCUCUGCGCAGCGUGUUUGCUGAGGAGAAGGCCUCCGAGGUCUGGGAUCAGAUCGACGAGUGCCUGAAGAGAUGCAUGAUAAACAUCAACAACAGGGCCGAGCUGGUGAGCGACAUCAAACGGAUCGAGUGCCAGCUGAGCGCCGCCGUCACCAAGCUGAAGAACUCUAUGGUGAGGGACGGGCACAUGUCGCAUCAGGCUCUGAAGGCCUGGGUCAACGGGGCGGCCUUCCACAUCCAGAUGCUGAUCCACCUGGUGAGACUGGGAGGGAUUCAAACCUGCGACCCUGUUGUGGGACUCCUCUCUGCUUACCUGAGAGACCUGGACCUCCUGUUUGAAAAGCACAAGGAGGUGGUGAAGAAGAAAUGCAAGCUGCGGGAGCUCAUGUUAGAAGAGGGACUUGCCCCCUGCUUUGUGAGUGAAGAGGAUGAAUGGGAUUUUAUCUCAUACUAUACCCCAUUCAGUGAAUACUUUGAGGCUUAUUAUGAAGAACAUUACAACAGCCAGAAGAAUGAGAUCAGGAAAUACUUCAGGAAGGUCAGAGAUGAUCUGCCAGAGCUGGUCAGUCAGGUCGGCCAUCUCAGUGUCUGCUGAGGAGCACAUGUGCUCUUAACUGAACACAUUUAGGAGGAGAGUGAAAAUGUAACAAUGUAAUGUGCUCCUUCUGCUUGUGAUGUGCAACCAGUGGAGGACCAUGGAAGUGGUUUGCAUGUAUCUGUUUUUAGCACUCCUUCUCAGAGUCAUAACUCAGUGUUGAAUCAUUCAGUGUGACUUCCUCUUCCCGAGGAUUCAAUUUCAAUUCAAUUUUAUUUAUAUAGCGCCAAAUCACAGCGCUUUUCAUAAAAGAGCAGGUCUAGAUCGUACUCUAUGAUGCUAUUUACAGAAGCCCAACAGUUCCCACCAAGAGCAGC